ACAAUACAAACACAGACAUCGUCCAAAUACAAUCUCAAUACAAGGCUUGUAUUACAAACACAGCGAUUGAAUCAACACAACGACAAAAACUGGCAAGUAUAUCAAUUCUUCAAUCAACAAUCAGUGCAGUGUGUUAGUGAGUGUGCCUUUCGACACUUGCUGUCGCAUAUUUAUGAAACCGAAUUUUUAGAUGAGGCUCAACUUCAAGUCGAAUCACAUCAAAACGCCGGCUAUGCCCCGGCUUUCAAUCAAUUUUCACUGAUAACUUUAUCAUUUCCAUUUUUAUCAGCAGUCAGCUUUCCUACACUGUCGCUUCACAUAGGUUUGACAGUUGCUCUACUCAAUUCGUGCAAAAACGAUGAAACAAAUGGAAUUGUCACGAUAAAUCGUUUACAUUUUACUGUGAAUUUCGAAUCAACAUUAAAAAUGAACGGUGAACACGAGCCAAAGCGGUUAAAAUUGAAUGAAGAAGAUGACGAUGGUAGUAUGAAUCCAGUAGAAUGGGAGGAAAAUGGAAAAAAAGAAGAGAAAGAGAAGGAGACUGAGGAAAAGAAAGAGACAGAGAACGAGAACGAGAAUGAGAACGAGAACGAGAAUGAGAACGAGAACGAGAAAGAGGACGUAACAGAGAACAAAACAGAGAACGAAACAGAGAAAGAGAACGAAAAAGAGAAAAAGAAGGAGGACGAGAAAGAGAAAGAGAAAGAGGACGAGAAAGAGACAGGGAAAGUGACGGAGACAAAGAGAGAGAAAGAGGAAGGAAAAGAGACAGAGAAAAAUGACAAGAAAGAGAAAGAAGAGCAGAAUUCGUGUGAAAAAAGAGAAGAUAGUCGCGAAAUACACAACGAAACACCAGUUGCUGGCCCUUCAAACCCAGUGCCAAUUGUUGAUCGCUCAAAUGACGAGUAUUUAUCGCAAAUAUUCAAGUUGGAUGACAAUUGCUUUGACGAAAUAUUCAAUUAUUCAUUGUUCAAAGACCUAAUUUCAUUUGGAAGCACAUGCAAAACCCUACAAAACUACGUUGGAGAUUAUUACCGGCGGCAUUUUUCGUACCGCAACAAUGAAAUCGAACAAAAUGGAAUUUUUGAUCAUGCUUAUAAUCGAGCGGUUAAGCGAUUCAUUACGAGACUUAAAAUCCGGUUCAGUUCUUUUCAACCGUUGUAUCAAAUCAAUUCCAACAUUGAACAGUUCCCAUUGCUCAAGCACAUAACAUUUUCCAACAUGGAUUUAGUGGAACCAGAUUAUGGCCGAAUUCAGAAUAUUUUCAACAAACUCGAAAGUGUGCAGUUGCGGUCUUGUUUGCCCGAGUUUUGUAAUAAGUGUAUAAGUGACUUAUGUGGAAAUUGUACACGUAUUUCCUUACGUGAUAUUUACCCAAGCACAUUUCUGGAAGACAAUGAGUAUCCCUGGCUGUUGGAAAAAUAUCCGAAGCUUGAGUAUUUCGAGUUUACUUUGGUAGGAGAAUGGCCAAUUGAUGGUCUGAAUGGAUUUUUGGAAGAAAAUGAAAAUAUUCACACUUUUGCCACCAGUGGACUGUGUCUGUGGGUCAAUCGAGACCAAUUUCUAAACUCAAAAACGAAACUAGACAUUUUGGAGAUUCGAAUGAUGGAAGUCUAUGGUGUGCCGUUGGACGAAUUUGGAGCUGCUGGUACGAGAAUACAAACCAUUUGCCGACUUAUCAAUCGACUUUUUGAACAAGGUUUUUAUCAACGUCUACAUUUUUCCAUAACUGAUGACGAUCAGAUAAGCAAUAUCGGUGGAUUGGCUUCAUUACAAGGCCUCGAAAAAUUGUGCAUCUUCGAGUUUAAAACGAGUUUUAGUUUGUAUCCUUUGACACUUGCGAAAGAAUUGGUGAUAAUUAAGUGCAUAGAGAAUAUUGACCUUCAACACUUGGCAGAGCAAUGUGUUAGACUGGAACGACUCUUUCUCGACGUCCACACAAUCAGCGAUAUCCUGCCAUUCGUUCGCCACUCAGCUAAAUUGAAUAAAAUCACAUUAUUGGCCAAGCGGAUAAAUCGAUUUGAUAUGAUUUUUGGCAUGUCAGCUUUGAACAAGGAACGGAAAAAGUUAGCGGGGGCAAGAAAACUCAUAAUUUAUGCACCAGAUGAGUUUUACGUGGAUACAAAACGAACCAGCAAAAAUGGUGAUGUUAAUUUGAGUUCAGUUGAAUUACGACGACGCGGCGAAGAAUACUACGAUUUUUCAGACAGAGAAAUUCAUUGAUUAACGUAUUAUUAAAAACUAACUUCUACUCUAGAGACAUUACUAACGUUAAAAGCAAUGAAAAAUAGUUAUUUUGAUAA